AUGGCCGACAAAAAGCCCAAGGAAGGAUUCAAGACUGAGAACAACAACUAUAUUAAUCUAAAUCAGGAUGGUUCGGUGGUGCAGUUUAAGAUUAAGAGGCAGACACCACUUAGUAAACUAAUGAAAGCCUAUUGUGAACGACAGAGGUUGUCAAUGAGGCAGAUCACAUUCCGAUUUGACCGGCAGCCAAUCAAUGAAACAGAUCCACUUACACAGUUGCAAAUGGAGGAUGAAGGUACAAUUGAUGUGUUCCAGCAGCAGACAGAAGGUAUCUACUAA